CCUUUGAAGAUGCUGACAGUGCUGUGGAUGACCGGGACAGUGACUAUCGCAGUGAGACAAGCAACAGCAUUCCUCCUCCGUACCACACGACUGCGCAGCCCAACGCCUCUGUGCACCAGUUCGCUGCACCCUCACGCCUGCAGCAGCAAGGGGUCUUGCGGGAGUCCUGCGCUGACUCCUUGCAGAGCUAUGAUCUGGAUUACCGGGAGCGUGCGGCCAUCAGUCCUGCUGGCAGUAGUAGAUACGGCUCCUCUUGUAAUGUCAGCCAGGGAAGCUCUCACCUAAGUGAGCUGGACCAUUCCCAUGAAAGUGCCCAUGGCUCUGAGCAAGAAGACGAUCUGGCUCUGAGCAAGAAGACGAUAAGCAGGAAAGAGAGUCGAUUCAUUCCUACCACAGUUCGGGCAGCUACCAGAAGGAUGUUAGACCCAUGGAAAGAUGUCUGCCUGUCUGUACCCAUUGGAGGCUACCAGGGUGACAACGAGCCACCACCAUUUCCUCCAGCGAGAGCCCAUUGGAUUAGAGCCAUUAGCAAAGUUCGACUGCGGCUUCAGGAGGGUCAAGAUGAGGCUGAUCCAUCAAAACCACCCUGGCUCAAAGGAGGGCCUGCAGGUGGUCUCUAUGGCAUUGAUAGCAUGCCCGAUUUACGCAAAAAAAAGCCAAUUCCACUUGUCAGUGAUCUGUCACUGGUUCAGUCCCGGAAAGCCGGAAUUACCUCAGCAAUGGCCACUAGAACAUCUCUCAAAGAUGAAGAGCUGAAGUCUCACGUCUAUAAGAAGACCUUGCAAGCCUUAAUUUACCCCAUCUCUUGUACAACCCCACACAACUUUGAAGUGUGGACAGCCACAACUCCUACCUACUGCUACGAAUGUGAGGGGCUGCUGUGGGGGAUUGCGCGGCAGGGAAUGCGCUGCGGUGAAUGUGGAGUCAAGUGCCAUGAGAAGUGCCAAGACCUGCUCAACGCUGACUGCUUGCAGA